AUGUCGUUUACGGGGUUCAAGGAAAUCUUUGUGAAGCAAAAGACAUUUAGGCCUAAAAAGAAAUUUCCUCCGGAAACCAUACAUUACCAUCUUCAUAAACAAGCUGAAGCCUCCCUUAAUGCCGGUGUAGAUCUGCGAGAGGCUGUAAAAAAGCCUCCCGAUGAGGAACUCAAUGACUGGAUAGCCGUGCAUGUUGUCGAUUUCUACAAUCGAAUAAAUCUCAUAUAUGGCACAAUUUGUGACAGAUGUACAGAUGAAACCUGCCCGCGUAUGACGGGAGGCAAAAAGUUUGAGUAUCAUUGGCGCGAUGAUAAUCGUUAUCGGAAACCCACCCCAAUGCCUGCUCCGCUCUACAUCAGUCUCCUUAUGGAUUGGAUUGAGGAGCAGAUCAACAAUCCUGACAUCUUCCCUACGUCUGUGGACGUACCUUUUCCUAAGAAUUAUUUGAGUGUUGUAAAAAAAAUCAUGAGCAGGCUCUAUCGCGUGUUUGUUCAUGUAUACAUCCAUCACUUCGAUCGGUUGGUCGAGAUAUCGGCGGAAGCACAUGUGAAUAUAUGCUACAAACACUUUUACUACUUCGUCACCUACUUCGAUCUCAUCGAUCCAAAGGAACUGGCUCCCCUUGCAAGUCAUUUUUACCUUGUCUGUUGCCUUUAA